AGCCAUUUUGGCUUAAGCUGGCCAGAAGGAGAGGAUAGUUCAGUGCUUGCUUUACCGCCGCCUCUGGAGGGCCCGCCCAGCCGCAGGAGCCAUGGCCGCGCGCGGCGAGCAGGACGAGCAGCUCCUCGCGAGGCCCAGCGCGGCCCCGGGCGCUCCUGUCGUCUUGCUUGGGCCCGGAGACCGGGGGCGCCGAGGGUGAGCCAGGCGCCGAGGGGGAGCCGAGCCCGUGGCGGCCGGCGCGCGCGCGCGCGGUCGUCGCCGCAUUGGUGGCCUGCGCCGUGCUCGCCGCACUGGUGGCGGUCGGUCCGCGGCGGAUCCGCGCAGCCGCGCGGCAGGUCGAGGUCGGGCCAGGAGCGCUGGGCUCCACGGUGUCGCUCGCCCUGUCCGAUCAGGACUACAACGAGAUGUUGGACGGGGUAAAUCAACUCCGCAUGGAGAAUGGCUAUCCUCCCCUCUGCUACAACGAGAAGCUCAACAAGGUAGCGCAGCAGUACGCCGACAAGUGUCGUGAAAACCCUCGGAUGGCGCACGUCGGGGAUGACGGCAGCGACCAUCAAGUCCGCAUAGCCAGGGGGGGUUACGAUGCCUUUCUUUCGGGGGAGAACCUCUUCUGGGGAGAAGACCUCAAAGUCUCCGACGUGCUAUUUUUCUGGAGUCACUCAGGCCCUGGGAUAUACAAUUUAUAUAAUCAGCGCUUUUCCCAGUUCGGCUUCGCAAAGAGCGGCCCAGCUUGGGUGGGGCUGUUCGCCCUACCACAAGGAAAGGAGGCCUGCAUCCAGGCCGGGGGCGGAGCGGAUGGGCACGGCGGCCUGUGCAGAGACUUCGUGCCCGCGGGCGAGUCGUCCUGGCACGACUCCGACGGGGAGACGUGCUCCUGGUACGCAAUUGGCAGUCAUUGCGCGGAUCACGGCCACAAAUACAAGAAGUUCAACCACACCGCCGACACGGCCUGCUGCGCUUGCGGUCGCGUCGAGGGCGGCGGCUGUAUGGAUUUGGUGCCGGACGGGUGGAAGGUGUGGACAGACGGUCAUAACCAACAAUGCAGCUAUUAUGCACGGGAAGGAGAUGUUGACCUCUGCCAGGCAUACGGCGGCAGUGCUCCCACUGGGGGUUUGACGGCCAGAAUGGCCUGUUGCGUUUGCGGUGGUGGCCGCACGCUGGGCGAAGACCCAACGUCAGAUUUUUUAGCGCCCCCCCCGCCCUCCAGUGGUUUGGGCUGCGGCGAAGAUUGCCAAGAUUCCGCGGAGUGCCAUUCGACCCUAUUCUGUGAUCACAUGCACCAUAUUUGCAUGGACCCUGUGACAUUAUUGAUUUUUGGGUCGAACUGCCACGAGGUCGAUAAAUCUAAUUAUGCCUAGGUGUCAACGCAAUUGAGUGGGCGACUGCUCGCCUGCGUGCAGUAGCGCGGUUGUACUUGGAGCGUCGAUGUCGGGUGUGGGCCGGCAGCAGUAGCUCAGUGUGCAACUGCGUGGCACAGCGAAGGGGUCCCACUGCUCUGCGCAGCCGCGCGUCCCAGGCUUGAGGAAGGCGUUAUCGACGCUGUCCCUGGGUUGGUGGUCUUGCCUUCGCCCGAUCGGCUGGGGGGCGACGCGUGCGAGCGCGAGUGCGGGUUCCUUCCGCUCAGGGUAGAGAGGACAAGGGUACCGUUCUAAUCGCGGGAUGCUGAGUGCGCAGCGGUAUCAGUGUGGCGCAUUUGAGUGCCACUUCGCGCAAGGGUGCCACCUUGAUCGACCUCGACAUGGUAUUCCUCCUCCUUCCUCCCCCUCUCACUCUCAUCCCAUCCAUCCCGCGCCUUCUUCUUCCUUCCCCUCCUCCCCCUCUUCUGUUUGCGUCGCCAUCAAGUGGCGCAAGAUGGCCGUGCCAAUUUCGAGGUAGAGAGAUUCAAAUGUACCCGUCCUCUUUCUUUCCUCGUGCUGUGGUUUCGCUCCCAGGGAUAGAUUAGGUAAGAGGCUUCCCAAACUUCAUGGUUGCAGAGCUGCGCAAUCUAAGGCGAUACCUAGUCCUUGGGACUGCGCUCCGUUUUGAAAGAGCGGGCCCUUUGUAGAGGUUGGGAGACGAUUGGGUGAGGGAUCAAGAGAAGGAUAUGAAGAACCUGAGGACUCAAUACACUUUUGCCUGCUUCAGUUGCAGCACUGUUCAAUCAUUCGAUCUUGCUGCAUGAGCGUUGCGCGACCGCGACGCACCAUUUCCGUGCGUGAAAUAGUGUGCGUGCGCGGCCGGUCCAUCCGUGCUCUGAGGCUGGACCUUGGCCUCGAGGCGGACAGGAUCAAAAUCAUCACCUUUCUCCCUCUCCAUUCACCCUGCCCCCUCCUCAAGUGUGAACGUUUCUGUAUCUUUCAGAAACCGUUGCCUGCUUCAGUUGCAGCACUGUUCAAUCGUUCGAUCUUGCUGCAUGAGCGUUGCGCGACCGCGACGCACCAUCUCCGUGCGAAGUAGUGUGCGUGCGCGGCCGGUCCAUCCGUGCUCUGAGGCUGGACCUUGGCCUCGAGGCGGACAGGAUCAAUAUCAACACUUUUAUCCUUCUCCCUUCACCCUGCCCCCUCCUCAAGUGUGCACGCUGCUGUAUCUUUCAGCAGCUGUGGCCAGGAGGAUAGAUGCUGGCGAAUAGGGGGCUGAGUUGGGGCGGAGGGCCGGACACUCUAGUGCAACGUCGGCCUGCCGUUGCCCAUGUCCCAACUGCCUGAGACGGACAAAAAAAAGAGGGUUGACACGAAUCGAAAAUCCG